GGUUAAAGAUUCACUGUACGAUCAUCACUCUUCAUGUUUCGAUGCAAAGAAUCAAAGCUCGUCUCCACUAUAGCCUAGGUUUGAGAAGCAGUUACCUUAGGCACUUUCCUGUCAUCCACGUGCAAACUCAUUUCGAAAACAUUUUCUACACCGUCAAUACUAACCAUGGAGUAUGCCUAUUCGUUCGACAGGAGCUGCAGAAGCAUGGGAGUCCUGGUAUAGUGAUGGCCCUGGUUGGCAACAAGGCAGAUCUAGAGGAGUCACGAGAGGUUGCUUCUGAGGAUUCUCAAGCUUACGCUGAAAGUAACGGCAUGUUCUUUAUUGAGACUUCAGCAAAGCUAGCAACUAACGUCAACCUCCUUUUUGAAGAAAUUGGACAGAGGUUACCUCGAGGACAGCCAACCCAGAAGCCUUGAAAGGUACAGGCAUGCCUUGAACUGAAUUGAAGUACUGUUUCUUGUAAGGUGUGGAUGUAUCCUCUCAAGCGACAAAAUGGGGUCUGUGAAUAUUACUCAAAAGUUAGUUAGCGCAGUAUAAAGAGUACGAAAUAUCUCGGAGUACCGGCAUAGGGACGUAGAAGAUGAUAGUGACAUAUGGGCUGCAGCCCUGCAUCUCUUCAAGUGUAAAUACUACCAUAUAAUAAGUAGGCGAACUGGAGUGCAUGUCAGCUCUUCCCUUGUAUUUGAAAUUCCUGAAAUAUAGACUUCAUCAAAAUGUCCAUUCACCUCCGAUUCAAUAGUUCCUACUCGGAGUAGAUUUCUUGUCUGAACGUGCCACCUUUUCUAAGCUGACCUUUCGGUUCACUUUCCUUCUGGCAAAUCCUUUCAACCCAUGAUCUGUCGUCUGGGAAGGCUUCCUCCGAAAUGUCUCUCCACAUUGAUGGUUAUGCACGCAUGAACACAUGGUGAAAAUAUAUAUUUUGGCAUCAAUAAACUGGCCCUCGUGGUCUGUAAGCCGGACAAUG